GAUAAAACAAGGCCCUAAGAGCAAUAUAAAAAAUUUCAAUUAAAAUUAAAUUUGAAGUUUGAAGUAGUUAGUCUAUCAAAUGAGACUGUUCAGACUUUAGAUAAGAAAGAUUUUAGGUGGCUGUAGCUAGAUAGAAUUAGGUCUGAACUGAAUCUGAUUGCAGAUUUAGGUUUUUCGCCUUCUUUUUCUAUUUUUAUUAGUUUUUUCUUCAAACAAACUUAUUCACGUGUGGGCAGGUCCACCACAACUAACAUUUUUAACAAGGUUGAUAAAAAUUCAUCAUCAUUAAAAUAUUCUUGAAAUCUAAAACACACAAAACAGAUUUCUAUUUGUUUUUUAUUUUAUUUUUUAAAUAAAAACAGAAGAAAAUGAGCAUAAAAAUAAGAUGCAAAAAAUUCAAAAAUCAAGGUAAUACCAAAAAGAACCCAAGUUUCUAAUGAGAUUAGAAUACCUGUCAUGUAGUUAAUGGUAGAUUUGCUAAGGAAAAUAUUGCAAUCCCUGCUAUUUUCAACAAUCAUAACCCUACACUGUGGCAACAUAACACAAGGAGACAAUACCAAGAUUACUAACAAAGAAAUAACUCUUCAACUGACUAACACUUCACUAAACCAAUUGGUCCAUCGCAUUCCUACAACCCAAUUUCAUAAAGUCCAAAUUUCCUAAAUAUGUAAUAGCAUAGAAUACCAUGUGCAGUUCCAUUAUCCACAAACACCAUUCUCACCAUAAAGUUCUCAACCUACAUUGUAGAAACAAGUAGGUUAUUUGUUAUCCAUUGAGUGGUUAUAUCAUCUCUGAAACUCAGAUGAUUAAAUCUUACAAUGCACCGACAUUACUCAACAUAUAUGUCAUCCUUGAGUGGUUAUUUAUAUCGUUGUUUGAAAUGAUGAGUUUCUGUAAAAUUAAAUACAGAACAAACUCCACGCCACAAGCACAAAUUGAAUUGUACAAUUCAAGAUAAAAGAAAAAAAAUGAAAAAAAAAAAUGAAUAACAUAUCUUGAAUAUUAAUGCUUUGGACCAGAAGAUCAUCUGGCUCCCACAUGGUUCAUCUCCGUAAGCAGGGUGAAAGGCAUAAAUACAAGAAAUCAAUGAAACUCAUUCGUAGUAAUCAAAUUAAGACAUUAACUAAUUGAAUAAUCUUUAAAUAAUUAAUUAAUUAAUAUGUUAAGGGCUUUAUUCUUCCAACAAAAAAGUCAAGUAAACAUUAAUUAAGACAAACAUGUUAA